GUGUUCACCAGUGAAGUUUCGGUGGAGACCACUGCUCACGCUUCACGCGCACUCGUCUGCUUCCCUGUGCAUGCAUGCUGGCACGAGUAUCUUGCAUUUUUCUGAUCGCGAUCCCGCGAGUGCAAUAAUUUCUGUACACAUUCAUUUGGCUAAUUCAAUUACCUGUCGAAUCUGGACAGGACGUCAGUCCUCAGCAUAUCGUAAUGUGUUAAAAAAAAGGAAAACAGAAAACGAGCUCGCGUCACCUCCCACGCGCAAUCAAUUGUACGAGCGCAGAGCGUAUUGGCUGGGAAUCGAAACGGCUGCCUCGCUCUGUUCAUCAUGUUUCUGUGCUAUCGCGCAUUUUUUGUUCCUCGGCGCGCACUCGGUCCUAUAGUUUUGUUUUGGCGCGUAGUUUCGACCCCUAUCAUUCCUAUCACUCCUAUUACUGUUUGACAUCUUCCCGCCCUCCGCCAUCUUUCAUUCGUUAUAAAGGAAAAGAAAAGAAUCGACGGUAAUGGGGUGGAGUAGGCAGCCCGCGGAGUUCACGAUCUGUUCAAGCAAGUCGAGGAAGCUUAGGAAGUGGCGCGGUGUCGCCGUCUCCUUUUCCUCCUCCUUCACCUCUGCCCGUUUUUCUUUUUCGCCCGCAUCCUCUUGUCGAUCUACUACGCGGUCGUUGCUGGAACCCCGAACAAGUGGGAGUAUUGCUCGCGCUAUAUACACGUGUUCCUUUGUAGUCAUAUUGGCGCUCUUUUGUACGAGCAGGACCUACGCAUGGCCGUCUUCUCGCGGUGAUGAUGCUGAUGUCCCUGUCGGUCUCAUAGCUGAGCCGGCGUCGAACAGCGGGAGGGCAGUGGAAGGGGGUCUGGCCUUCCAGGGAGAAGUGGCAUUGGCGGAGGAAGGAGAAGAACCAGUGCCACGUGGUCCCACAGUCUCUACGUACGAAGACCCGUUGAUCGCGUCUCCUGCGAUGGAGCCGACGCCAAUCAGAGAGCCGAUCUUGACUGUUGACCGCCACCCCCUAAGGAUUGUGGGAGGACUUACGCCUCAGAAUGCCAACGACUUGUCGAUGCAGGAGAUCGCACAAUUCGCUGUCAACGAGCACAACAAACAGCGGGCUGAGAACCACCAGACGGAAGUUACUCUGAUCGGCAUUUUGUCUGCAGCGUCGCAGGUGGUUGCGGGUAUUAUGUACCACUUGACUUUGGAAAUAGGCACGGAGAAUGGACAUGAGAAGUUUCUGGCAAAGGUGGUGGACCAGGCGUGGAUGAAUUCAAGGGAACUGGUAUCCUUUGAGAAACUCCCAGAUGUGCAUGGAGAAUCACACUUGCGGACAACGAGGGCAGAUCUGGGAGCUCACCGGGGGACUCGACCUCGGGGUAGGCAUUCGAUAAGCACGGAAGAUCCUGCUGUGAAACAGGCAGUGGAACAUGCAGAAAGAGGCAUUAGGGCGAGAUCGAACUCCUUGGAGCCACCAGAAGUGAAAGAAGUGGUUUCCGCGGAGGCAGAGGUUGGGGAUGGAACAACAAUUCAUCUUGUGCUGAACGUGGGCAUCUCAUCCUCAGAUCACAUUGUGAAAGCAUCCAUGCACCGUACUGACGAUGGCCAUUGGAGGAUGAAGUCAAUGGAGAUCAAGAAACACUCGGAGCACCACCACUCGGAGCACCACCACUCGGAGCACCACCACUCGGAGCACCACCACCGGGAGCACCACGCUGGACACUAGUCCCAUGCGACGGUAUUGGAACUUAAAAAUGACUCGAGGUCCUGAGAGAAGCACGGGUAAGGGAUGUUUGUGGGAAAAGUACGGGUAAGUGUCUCGUAGGCACUGUUAGCAAAGCCUCCGAUGAUUGUUCGCUCUGGCAAUCUCCGCAAAGACGAAUGGCGAGGAAAAGAAAAUGCUUCCCGGAAGAAAGGAGAGAUUUCAAAAAUGCAGUAAAUGCCCAAUGCAAGGCAAAAGGGCAACGGUGCACAAAUUGAUAAUCGUGAUGUUAAUCAAGCAAAUAGUUUAUGUAAAUUCUCUCGCAACUCUUUGGUACUCUUUGGUGCGGUUUGGAACCGUUUGGAACUGUUUCCAAACCAGGUACUUCGCGUGCUCUAAUAUCUCUACCAUGUAAGUAUGUGCGCAAAUUGAUAGUCUUGAUGUCGAUCAAGCAAAUAGAGUAGUUGAUGGAAACUCUCUUGGGACUCCGUGGAACGGUUUGGUACCGUUUGGAACUGUUUGGAACUGGUUCCGAACUGUUUGGUACCGUUUGGAACUGUUUCCAAACCAGGUACUUUUCGUGCUCUUGUAUGUGUACCAUCGAAGUACUAUGUUACUCUCUGACGCAGUAUAUGCAGCAACGGCUAUGCAUUGGGACUGUUUCCCAGGCAGGUACUUUGCAUGCUCUAGUGUUUGCACCCUAAUACUAUGUCACUCUCUAGUGCAGUACAUGCAACCGAUAUGAACUGCGACUGUGUUCCGGACCAGGUGCUUUGCGUGCUCUAGUGUUUCCAUUAAGUGCUAUGUCACUCUCUAAUGAAGUCCAUGGGCAACUAUGCGUGUCUGAUGCGAUAAUGUGGCGCGCUGCGUACUACAAAACUUCUAGCCUUCUAGGCAAUCGAGUUUAGCAAAAUUUCUUCGUUCACCUACUGUGCAUCCCUGCUGAGGAGGCUGUGAUGAAAGUGACGCUCGGUAGAGACAGCAAAAGUCACAGCAUGUGUGCAACUAUUUGGCGAGCUCGUGAAGUAGUGAGCGAGCUUGCAAGCUGUGUGCCAAGGAGCUGCUGGAUAUAAUUGCCCCCCCCCCCCCCCCCCCCUUCCCCCCCCUCCACCCCCAAACUGGUGGAUGAGGAAUUGAAUGGUUGGCUGGCUGAUGUGGACAUUUUUCUUUUGAGCCAGUCAGUUGGGGUCAUUGGCAGCCAAUUCGUCAAUUGUUGGUGAAAGCCUCUGAAGCGUAUUUGUAGAUACAAACGCAACAGGUAAUACAAGCAGGAACGUGAUUUAUCGAGUGCCUGUUGUUGUUUCUGUGUUUGAUCUAUGUAUGAUUAUCGCACGUCCCUUGCAGGUUUGUUUCUGGUGUGUGGUGUCUGUUUCUGUCACAGCAACGUGACUUGUAUGUCAACCGGGAUCGAGUUUCAAUGUGUGUGUUGAGUACACAGGUUGAUCGAACUCCAAUACAACCACUGCUGAGUCUUGGUUCUCCAUAUUUCUGUCUAUGAUCCUUGGCAUGACCAAGUCGUCGGUGUGUAUGCCUCCAGUCUUGUUCUCCACAUUUUCAUUGCAGGGAAGUGCCGCUCCUUGUAAGGUAAUUUUGUCUUAUGAUUCUCGGCACGUCCAGAGCUGUCGUGGAUCGUCCCCGCCAACGAGGGAAGCAUAUGCGGAUGGUCAACGAUAGCAUAACAUUCCUGACUUGCAGUGUUUCGUAGUAUGUGAGGGCAUGAUUCCGGUCGUGACAAGUCGUGACAAUAGGUGUGGUAGGUAAGCUGUUGUAGAGAAAAUUGGCUGCCCAUCUCUGACAAGGUUUCUGAUGCAGUCUGGAAUGCAUGUCUCUCACUCUAUAACUUUUAUCACUCCUCUGGGUCUAAGUGCACGCGCUCUGCCGUUUACCCCGAACACAGUGCACCCUGAUAAUGAAUGUAUACAAGCUAU